GUAAAGUUGACAAUUUUGUUUUCUUGGCAGCUAAGCAACCUUACAAGCAUAUGGUUCUUGGCACUUUUCCUUUCCAUCAUAGCGACCGGACUGCUUGAACUUCGAUGGAGCGGAGUUAGCAUCCAAGACUGGUGGCGAAACGAACAAUUCUGGGUCAUCGGCGGCAUCUCCGCCCAUCUUUUUUCCAUGUUCCAAGGCCUCCUCAAAGUCCUCGCUGGUGUCGACACCAACUUCACCGUAACAGCCAAGGCAGCAGAGGAUACGGAAUUCGGCGAGCUUUGUCUCUUCAAAUGGACCACUCUCUUAAUCCCUCCCACAACUCUGAUAAUAGUGAACAUGGUAGAGGUCGUCGCCGGAGUCUCGGAUGCAAUCAACAACGGCUACGGUUCAUGGGGUCCGUUGUUCGGCAAACUGUUUUUUGCUUUCUGGGUCAUUUUACAUCUCUACCCUUUCCUCAAAGGUUUGAUGGGGAGACAAAACAGGACGCCCACCAUUGUUGUGCCUUGGUCCGUACUUUUGGCAUCCAUUUUCUCACUGGUUUGGGUUCGGAUCGAUCCGUUCUUGCCCAAACAAAUUGGCCCGGUCCUCAAACAAUGCGGCGUGGAGUGCUGAA